AUGCUCAACCAGUUGCUCGGCUGCAUGUCGCUGCCCUCGUUCGCCGCCUUCGCCAUCCUGCUCUAUCUUGUGUACGGGCUUGCCAACCGCAUCAAUGCUGCCGCCAGGCUCCGCGCCCUGGGCGGCUGCGCGCCUGUCCGCGCCACCUAUUUCCCCCUCGGCCUGGAUCUCGUCUUCACAGCUGUACGGGCAAAUCUUAGGCACGCCAGCUAUGAAUUCUGGCUCCAUCUGUUCCGCACCGUCGGCCGCCCGGGAAACGCCUACACGGUCGAGGCCGACGUGGGUGGCGUGCGGACCAUAUUCACCGCCGACCCCGUCAACAUCAAGGCGCUUCUGGCCACGCAGUUCGCCGACUACGGCAAGGGCGAGCGCUUCAACCAGGAGUGGCACGAUUUCUUAGGCGACAGCAUUUUCACUACCGAUGGUGCAAAGUGGCACAGUGCGCGCCAGCUGAUCAGACCUCAGUUCGUCAAGGAUCGCUUGAGUGAUAUCCAGGUGUUUGAGAGACACAUCAGCGUCCUGCUGAAGCACCUCGGUGGCAGUGGUGAAGCUGUCGAUAUCACAACUCUGUUUUUCAGGUAUACUCUUGACGCAGCUACCGAUUUUCUGCUUGGCCGUAGCGUCGAAAGUCUUGAUAACCCCCAGGCAAAAUUCGCCGAGGCGUUUGCGGAGGUUCAGCAUGUGCAGAGCCUGAUCGCCAAGAGCGGGCCUGUGAAUUGGCUGCUACCACGCAAACGAUUUCGGGACAACAUACAGACCAUGAACGACUUCAUUGAACCCUUUAUCGACCAGGCUUUGAGUCUCCCUGCAGAAGAGCUGGACAAGAGGACCAAGGAUGAUGAAGGUUAUACCUUUUUGCACGCGCUCGCCUCGUACACCAGGGAUCGCGCCACUCUCCGUGACCAGCUCGCAGCUGUUCUUCUGGCUGGAAGAGAUACCACCGCCUGCACCCUGUCAUGGCUCUUUUAUGAGCUAUCAAACCACCCAAAGAUUGUGCAGAAGCUCAGGGAGGAGAUACUCGGUGUGGUGGGUGACGAAACAAUGCCCACCUACGAGCAUCUGAAGUCCAUGAAGUACCUUCAGCAUACCAUCAACGAGACACUUCGCUUAUAUCCCGUUGUCCCGUUCAACAUCCGCUCUGCCCUCCGGGACACGACGCUGCCUCAUGGAGGGGGUUCCGAUGGCAGUCUGCCCAUCGGCGUGCUUCGGGAUACACCUAUCGCAUACUCCACUCUCGUCAUGCAACGACGUGCUGAUCUCCAUCCGCCCGUCUCUAAAGCUUUCCCGCCUGUGCUUUCAUUCGCGCCUGAGAGGUGGUAUUCCUGGACGCCUAAAGCAUGGACAUACAUUCCUUUCAACGGUGGGCCAAGGAUCUGCAUCGGGCAGCAGUUUGCGCUCACUGAAAUGGCUUAUACGGUUGUACGGAUAUUGCAGUGCUUUAAAGGGGUGGAGAAUCGAACAAACACUUACCCGGGACUCAAAACGGAUAUCGUACUACAACCAGCUAAAGAAAUAUUUAUAGCGUUUCAAGCAAAAUAA